AUGUCUGUUAGCGUCAAGAUUGAUGCGUCGGAUAUAUCAGUUCUGGUGGUGUACUUUUUUGGAAUUCUCAUAACUAGUUUUGUGUCUAUGUUCGUUGCGAAGCGAGGCACCGUUAGCGGUUACUUCUUGGCCGGUCGAUUGAUGACUUGGCUGCCAAUCGGCGCUUCCUUAUUCGCUAGCAAUAUUGGUAGCGAACACUUCAUUGGUCUUGCUGGCUCUGGAGCGGCUAGUGGCAUUGGAGUCGGUGCUUUCGAGCUCAACGCAUCAAUAUUGCUACAGCUUCUUGGAUGGGUCUUUUUACCUGUUUACAUUGCGAGUGGGGUUUGUACGCUCCCUGAAUACAUGAGGAAGCGCUUUGGAGGCCGAAGAAUUCAAAUCUACCUGGCCUGUUUGUCUCUUUUGCUUUAUGUGUUUACUAAAAUUUCGGUGAACCUUUACUCUGGUUCCUUGUUUUUAAGGGAGGCGCUUCAGUGGAAUAUAUGGAUCUCUGUCCUGCUAAUUUUGGGAUUGACUUCCCUAAUUACUGUUGCAGGUGGACUGGCGGCUGUAAUAUACACUGACACUUUGCAGUUUUUCGUGAUGAUUUUGGGCGCUUUGGUCUUGGCGAUUCUCAGCUUCAUCAAAGUUGGCGGAUUUUCCGGCGUGCUCUCGUAUUACGGCCAAGCCAUUGCUGCCAUUGACCUGCAGUCCGAUCAAGGGGCAAGCCUGCUCAUUUCGCUUGCCAACGCUUCUUAUGACACUGCUGUUUCUCUGGCUGAUUUAGCCUCAGUCCCAGGCAUUGAUCCUGGUCUAAGCUGCAGCUUACCUGCUCCUAAAGCAUUCAAGCUUUUGCGAGAAGUGGACGAUCCAGACAUGCCUUGGCUCGGCUUUUUACUUGGACAAACUCCGGCCUCUAUAUGGUAUUGGUGCGCUGAUCAGAUGAUGGUUCAACGUGUUCUUGCAGCGAAAAGUUUGUCGCAUGCUCAAGGCGCAACGCUGAUGGCCGGAGUGUUCAAACAAUUGCCUCUUUUUAUGAUGGUUGUCCCGGGCAUGAUCAGCCGCAUGCUUUUUCCAGAUGAAAUCGCUUGCAUUCCCGGUGACCAUUGCUUUAAAGUAUGUGGACAACGCAGCGGAUGUUCCAACUUGGCUUAUCCGAAGCUGGUUGUUGGAAUCAUGCCUUCCGGUUUACGUGGACUGAUGCUAGCGGUUAUGUUAGCGGCUCUUAUAUCUGACCUAACCUCAAUCUUCAACUCAGCCAGCACCUUGUUCACAGUUGAUAUAUACAAACAGUUUCGGAAAAAUGCAAAAGAAAAGGAACUGAUGGUGACCGGCCGCUCCUUCGUAGUUUUUCUCGUGUUGGUCAGUGUUGGAUGGAUUCCAGUGGUUCAACAAUUACAAGGAAGUCAACUAUUUAUUUACAUCCAGGCCGUCAGUGCGUAUCUCGCUCCACCAGUGGCUGCAGUUUAUCUGCUCGCGGUGUUGUGGCCCCGUGCAAACGAGAUGGGCGCGUUCUUUGCACUUGUGUUUGGACUGUUUCUUGGAAUCGCCCGGCUGAUUCUUUCAGUGAUUUACAGUGAUCCAGUAUGCGGCGAACAGGACACCCGACCAUGGUUCGUUGGCCAGUUGCACUACAUGUACUUCGGUUUGGGGUCUUUCUUUGCCACUGCGCUGAUAGUGAUUAUCACUUCGUUUCUCGGACGCAAACCGCCUCCAGAACAAGUCAAUCGGCUGACUUACUUUACUGCAUGGGAUGCACCUGAGCCACCGCAAGAAGUGUUGCAUGUCAGUGAUUAUAACGUGCUUGAGAAACUUCACUCACCUGGAAAGAAUAAGCCGAUCCAAGAUUUCCCUGAAACAAUUGGUGAUUUUUGUAACGCCCAGCCUGGCAAAGGAAAUUCAAAGAACUCUCAGAAGCUCAACCAGGCAGUGCUUUCCGAUUGGAACAGCUUCGUAACGGUUCGAACGACAUCCACACCAGAUCUUGGAAACAGAUGUGAUUGUUACUCCGGUCCAGGGAUAUGCCUGCUGCAUGCACUGCGCUGGUUUUGCGGUUGUGAAGACCGUCCCUGUAACCCUAGCGACGAGGCACGAUUCCUUGAUUGUAUCUGCUGUUGCAGGCGCAAAAGCGUAGAGGCUACCGAACCGAACACUUAUGAGCACGAUCUCGCCGAACAACAUGCAGUCCAGCCCCAGAGAAUAUUCAGUCUUCACCAGGAUCCAAAAGAGAAGGUACUGCUUUACGUCGGUCUCUUCAUCAUACUGACUCUCUCGUCAUUUGGAUUCAUUUUCUUUUCUGUCUACUUUGACCUCGUGAAAGCCGGUCCGCUUUUCGUGAAACCGUUUUCUAAUAUCACUCUGUCGCCGAACGUCACGGAGGCACUGGAACGCCUCUUAGACCUUGGCAUUGUCUCUAAUCUUACAUACUAUCCAAGGCUUUAUACAUCACACCUUUGA